AUGUCGACUUCUCAAGGCAACAUCGACGGCGGCAGCUUGAAUGUUGCCCGGCGCCGGCUUGCUCUCGCGCAGGAAGCCCGCGCAAACGCCACGCGCGAGCAGAUCGAGGCGAGAGGCAUCCGGCCUGAUGUCGAGCAAAUCAUCCAUCACAUGAACCGGACACCGUUUCACUCGUCCAAACGGGCGAGGCUCAACGACUCGAUGGCCCGCCGCAUCUACGAGGAUGGCGACGACGACGCCGAGGAGGAGGAACACAGCGAUAAGAAAGCGCAAGAAGAAGAGGCUGGGUUUGAGGAGCAGUGGCAAGGCAUUCUCGCCGAAGAGAGCCUACAAGACGCGAGCAUGUUUCUCCUGGCCGAGUUCCGCCAGAUUGCCCGGCAACGCAUCCACAUGCUGAAGCAGGCCAACGCCCAGUGGCAGGCCUUGAGUCGCCCUCCGAAGAAGGACCGCUUCGACCUGCUCGGCUCCCUGUGUACAUGCACUGAACUCAUCGUCGAGGUCUGCAAGCACCUACGACCACUCGACACUGUCCACCUGUACAGCAUCAGCAAAGACUUCCACCGCACCAUCAGCAAGCACAUGCGCAGCAGCAUCUUUGCCUGGGCAAACUACAUGGCGCCCGCUGCCACCCGCAUCUACUCGAGCCCCGUCUACCACAGAUGGUUCGUCCCAGAUCCUGCCGGCCGCCGCGUGACGCCUGCCGACCAGGAGCUGAGCAGGACCCAGCCGGGCCAGGCCAGACUCGACGGCCAGGAGCCCCUGAACGAAAACGAAGGCGAGGUCCGCAAGAUCCCCGGCUUGAUGUGGCUGCAGAUGGUCGUCGGCCGCGAGAUGCGCGUUCGCGACAUCAUUGCGUGUCUGGCGAGACGGGGCCACCGUCUUCCCGAGGGAUCCCAUGUCACCCUCAAGAAGAUCUGGCUAAUUAUGGACGCUGCGACGAGCCAGGCGCGCAUGAUACUGCUGAACAAUCCGGUUUUUUUCACUGACGAGGAUCUGUACAUUGCCCAGCUCUUCAUGGUCAAGCUGGUCCUCGCCUUCAACAACCCGAUCUUUGGUCCGCAGUCGAGCAGUCUCAUGCGCCUCAUGAUGGGCCAGCGCGGCUUGACCCCCCUCUGGCAAUUGCUCCGGGGCAAGAAGUACCGCACUGCUACCGAGAUCCGCCAGCUCAAACUCCGCUACGACGUCGUACCCGAACAGGUAGACGAGAACCUUGCGACGCAGCACGGCGUCUCCAUCGACGAGUUGGGCGUUGUGCACUUUGAGGGAUGGGGCCAAGGCCCGGAUCAUCUGCUGAGGCCCGACCAGCUGAUCCCGCUCGAGGCCGCCCGCCGCCAGCUCGACCUCGACAGAUGCAUUGACGAGAUGAUGAUUUUUGGGCACGUCGACUUCGGGACGGGCAACAGCCUGGUGCCGAGCCUCGACGAGAUGUACAUGAGCGACGACGAUCUUCCGCCGGCUUGCAAGGACUGGAAACCGCUGAAGCGCGAGCUCAUACACUCGAGCUGUGGCAACGUGCCCUUUGAACCCGGCAUGUGGCUGCCCAAGCAUGCGCGGAAAGCGCGGUGGAAGACACUCACGGCUGUGGAGAGGGCCAUGAUUCUCGAGGAAGAGCAGGAGGAGGUGGACGAGAUAAAGCAGCUCGGCGCUGCCCAGCUGAAGUUCCAUAUUGCGUGGGCUGGUGUGGCGAAACUGACGUCUCUGGCGAUGCGCAGCACGAGGCUCAACGCAAAGUUCAAGGUUCUCCCCCCGUCCCUGGCUGACAUGGAGGGCCACCUCCACCAGUUUGCCCGGCCGCAGCGGCUGCGACUCGCCAGCCACUACACCGAUCUCGACCUCGACCCGUUCGUAGACAGCGAUGCGAUGGACAUCGACUCUUCCGCCACUCCCACUCCGUCUCUGAAUCUGACCCUCCAACUCCGCCCGGCACAGCGUCACCGCCAACAAUCUCCAUUCCCGGACCCGGACGACUCAUCCAACAUCCCCGACGACGACCUCGUCCUGGACCCAAUUCCGCCGUCCGAACUCAAGGGCAUCUUUAAGUCCUACCGCCGCUGCCACUGGCCCCAAUCCGAAUCCGAGUCUGACGGCGACGUUGAGAUGGAGGAAGAAGACCCCUACAAUAACAACAAUAACCCAGCAGGGGCCACGACCACCGAAACAGAUCCAGACCAACAACAACAACAACAACAACAAGAAGAAGACACAGACGACGACGACACCUUGACCAAGUACGAAGAUGACUUCUCUGAUGACGACGACGAAGAAGCUGCUGCUGCUGCUGACAAUGACGACGACGACGCCGCCGCCGCCAUCCCGCUGCUGCUCCUGGCCGAGCACACGCCCGCGACGAGCGUGCUGUCGGGGAAUACCGCCGAGAUGUUGCUUGCGCAGACCGAUCUCGACUAUUCUGAAGAGGAUGAUGGGGACGACGGGGAGGGGGAUGCGGUUGAAGAGGGUGCGGGUGGGGUUACCGUGGAUGGGGAGGAGCAAAACGGGGAGGGUCAGCAACAAGAGGUUGGGCCUGGGGUUGGGGAGGGGGAUGGGAAUAGAGAUGAGGUGAUAAUGGUGGUUGGGGGAGAAGAAGAAAAAAACCAGGCAAAGGCGGGAGGUGACAUGGAGGUUGCUGGAAUGGGCGGUGUGUUUGGCGAGGUAGAUUGGGAUCAUUUCCUGAGCAACCCGGGGGCUUAUACCGUCGAGAGCGAAGGUGUGGUUUCACCGGUGCAGGAUGCCGAAGAGGAGACUGAGGAAGACCGUGAAGGUAUGGAUAUUGAGGAAGAGGACGCGGAGGAAGGUAUGGAGGGUAACAUGGAUGCUGAGGCUGCGGAGGACGAGGACGCCGAAAACAUCAUCAUGCUCAUGGGUGGUCUGCAUGUGGGUCAGGGGCAGGCUGACGCCCAGCAGGUGUUUCAACAGGCUGCUGAAGCGGCGGAGGACGACGAGAUCAAUCUUGCCGAGUACGCUGUUGACGAAGACAUUGGCGAGGAUGAGAGCACGAAGAAGCUGCGGGAUUGGUUCCGCCCUUGGUAG